AUGAUAAAGUGCAGAGAAGAACAAAAACUUGAAUGCGUGAAAGAGUGGUGGGCGGCGAGAUUGACGAAUUCAUCGCCAACCAUCGUGAUUCUCAUUGUCGUAAUGUUCGCGGCGAUCCAGCGAUUUUUUUCCACAUCGCUCUUGGCGAUUCUACUCGUCUCGCCGAACGUCGAGCCGAAAGCUGCUUAUCUACGUGAUCGUCCACGUGGCCUAGGGCUUCUCCAGCUUCCCACCGGUAUCUCCGAUGAGCGUUCCGGACCACUCUUCCCAGGCUUGUACAUUGCCGGAAAUAAGGUUGGAGAGAAGCCGCAAACGGUUCCCGAUGUUCAUUUGCCUGGUCAGCCGGCAACGUUCUCUGGAAGAUCGGCGUUCAACCCGUUCACCCAUAUGGUCGCUGCGACCUUCGCCGAAGAUUUGUCGGAUUCUUGGGGAACCGGAUUCGCUGUCAACGGUGUCAACAAUUAUGGGCUCAACGUUCGCAAAAAUUUCGACGCCUACGCGGAUGUGCCAUUGAAUCUCAACGAUGGAAUGUAUCAGCCGUUUCUCACCGCGUUCACCACCGGCAUUGAGUUCGACAUUGACAAGAUCAAAGAGGUCGCCGGAAGCGCUGACAUUCCGCUGCCGGGCGUCAACGAGAUAUUCGAUAUUGACGGAAGAAUUGUCGAUAAGAGUGAGUUCUCUGGUCGCGGUAUCAUCAAUGGCGCGCUGGAAUUCCCGCUGACGCUAUCGGACCCGAACGAGCGCGCGCCAUACACGUUCAAAUACGCGAUUUGGGCUCCCGAUCGUCAUAUGCAAUACGGACACGUGGUGCCGAAUGUGAAUUUGUUCGUCGUCGGCAAAGACAAGAUAAUGGAGCGUCUCGCGCAGAAUCGCCUCAAUCCAACAAUGAUCGGCUAA